CACAUCCGUUAACGCUCAAAUUUCCUAUUUAGGAUUAAUGUUUGUAGUCGUUAGUGCCUAUAGGCAUGUCGUUCCGGAUUGAAGAUAUACUUAGUGACAGGAAUUUUUUUUCAAAUAAGCAAAACGCUGAAAGCAGUAUUAAGAGAGAAGAGUUUUUUCUUCCCCAACAAGUUAGUUUUCAGCCAAAUAUAGUUUUCGAAAGAGAUCGGAAUAAAUUAGCCAAUGUGCCAAAUAUACCCAUACAAUUUACAAGCUGUCAAACUCAUUGUUUGCCUUGUUUAGAGUCCCAUUCUAAAGAAAUGACAAGAAAUCAUUUUAUCAGUGGUUGUGGUUCAUACCAAGGACCAAAAGUUUGCUGCUCGAUAGCCGUUCCGGUACAUGAUAAGCCCUACACAUCUCCUUACAUUUACCCAGAAAAGAUUUACUCGCAAACUACAACCUACAGUCAUGUGCUACCUACCUUUCCAAUGUACCAGCAUUAUUCAAGAAGACGAAAUCAAGUGCGUUUUUCCACAAGUCAAACAAAAGCUCUGGAGCACAAAUUUGUUUGGCAGAAGUAUCUGAGCCCAGAAGACAGAAAAUCACUAGCUCAUUCCCUAAAACUAUCGGAUAGACAGGUCAAGACAUGGUUUCAAAACCGCCGUGCUAAAUGGAGGAGAAAUGCGAAUGGCUCGACAAACGGUGAUGUAAAACCAGACAUUAUACACACAGUAAAUUGAGUGUUAAGUUAAUAGUUAUUUACCUAACAAAUGCGGAAAGUGAUACUUUACCGCACGCAACGGCAGUUCACCGAACGACGCGAAGCAGAGUUCGGUCAAGCCGUUAAGGGCGGUAAAGGCACUUUCCGCAUGUGUUAGGUACAAAAUUUUACCUAUGAGCAUCUACAUCUCCAAAAAAAGCAUUUAUAAAAUUAAUUAAUGAAUCAGAUUGAUUAAUGAAAUAAGAUUAAAUUUAGAAAUGAUCAAAAAUCAAUUUUCUGAAAAAGAAAGGAAUUUUGAUUAUAAAUAUCAAAUUCUACUUUACCGCACACUUUGUAGUCCACUUUACCGCAUACUAUGUUGUAAAGUUAACUUUACCGCAUACUAUGUUGUAAAGUUAACUUUACCGCACACUAUGCUGUAAAGUUAACUUUACCGCAUAGUGUGCGGUAAAGUGAUACUUUCCAUUUUCAAAUACGUGCAGUAAGGUGCACUUUACCGCACGCUCGUAGGUAAAAUAGUUU